CGCUCUUCCCCCACUCCACUUCUGAAUGGCUCAGCUGUCACCUAAUGUGUCGGUUCAGCAGGAUCCUUCUGCUCACAGACUGGCCGGUGAGGUAGUGGAAAAGAGGAACACAAAGAACAUGGACUAUGUCAUUCGAUCGGGUUUGGCAGGUGGCAUUGCCGGAUGCAUGGCCAAAACAGCUAUUGCUCCAAUGGAUAGAGUCAAGAUAUUGUUCCAAACUCGGAACCCUAUAUUUGAGAAAUACGCCGGCACUUGGACUGGCGUAUUCAGGGCUGGAGGAGUGAUUGUCAAACAAAAUGGCUUGAGUGGAUUGUUCCAGGGCCAUAGUGUAACUUUGCUGCGUAUUUUUCCCUACGCCGCCAUCAAGUUUGUUGCUUACGAACAAUUUAGAACCCUGUUGAUGCCAACACGUGCUCAAGAAAGCUCCAUGAAGCAGUUUAUGGCGGGCUCUAUGGCAGGUGUCACAUCCGUCAUGUUCACCUAUCCACUUGAACUUGUCCGAGUGCGAUUAGCCUAUGAAGUUCGUGGUACCGGAAAAGAAAAACCCAGCGUUCGAUUGACUUGCCAGCAGAUCUACAACGAGCGAGCAGCAUUACAGAGCAAGGGCAUCCAUUGGCGAAUUCUCAACUUCUAUCGCGGGUUCUUACCGACCCUAGUGGGCAUGGUUCCCUACGCUGGAGUUUCGUUCCUGACUUACUCAGCGAUGACAAAUUAUUGCAGGUACAAUCCGCUUGUCACCAAAUAUACCUUGAAACCUUUCGACUUUGAUCCCUCUUCAACCAACUUGACACACGAACAACAAAAACGUCGGGAUAAACCAAUUCUAAAGGCUUGGGCUGAAUUGUUCUGUGGAGGUGUCGCUGGUGUGGUUGCACAAAGCUGUAGCUACCCGCUUGAGGUUAUUCGUAGACGAAUGCAAGUUGGCGGCCUGAUGAAUCCUAAUGCCUUUGUAGGUUUUUGGGAUACGGCCCAUGAUAUAUACCGAGUCAAAGGCUUCAAAGGCUUUUAUGUUGGUCUUAGCAUUGGAUUCCUCAAGGUGACUCCUAUGGCAGCUGUCAGCUUUGCCGUAUAUGAUCGGAUGAAGGUGUAUCUAGGGAUUGAUUAAAAAAAAGACUCCUCCCACACAUAGACAUUUUGUGGAGAAAAUCCCCUACUACUAUAUUUUUUUCUUCCUGUACCAACAGCCUCUUUUUUAAAAAACUAGGACCUUCUACACCUGUAGCGUUUGAUUACGGGUACGC